AGUCCACCGGGUUCCUGUGGGCAGACGAGCCCACGGAAAGUCCCUCCAGCAUGUUCAGCAGGUUGAGGAGGUUUCUGGGCGCUCCUGAGCCUCCGCCUGCCCCUGCAGCCGCCCCACCAGCUCCACCAGCCAAGGAGGAGAAGUUAACAGAAAAGAAAGAUGAAAAAGUGGAGGAGCCAAAGGCGACAAGUGAAAAGAAAGAGGAGGAGAAAAAUGAAGAGAAACAAGAGGAGCAAAUAAACGAGCAGAAGAAGGAAGAGCAGACAACUGGUCCUGCUCCUGUUCCUCCCUCUCCAGCUCCUAUUGCUCCUGUUAACCCGGAAGGAGCUGAAGGAGACGAACCCCGGGUGGUCUACUCCAGAUAUGCAGAUGACGUCCUGAGGAAUGUCAUAAAGAGUUUAAGAGAACGAACUGAAAUACUCAAAGAGAAGUCUAUAGACCCUUAUGCUACAUCUCCAGAAAUCACUCCACCUGUUACACCCAUUUUGAGGAAAGAGGACUACGUCAGACAGAAGGAAGAGGAGCGCAUAGCAAAAGAAGAAGAAGACAGGAAGAAGGCCGAGGAAGCGGCCAAAAAGGCGGAGGAGAAAAAGAAGAAAGACGAGGAGAAACGACUGGAGGCGGAGAAGAAAGCAGAGGAGGAGAGGCUGGCGGAGGAGGCCAGGAGGAAGGCAAAGAUUCUGCCGGACAUCAGCUGCUCGUGCUUUGACGUCCUCUUCCAUCCAGUCGAGGAGAAGAUGGACACCGUGUUGGGAAGCACCAUUGAUCCUUUCACGGAUCGUCGGUAUAUCACCUGGUUGAUGGUGGUAGCCGUUGCGUACAACUACAACGUCUGGUUCUGCCCCGCCCGGCUGGCCUUCCCUUACCACAAUGCCACUAUCAACCCGUUCUGGAUAGUGCUCGACGUCCUCUCUGACGUCGUCAACGUCAUUGACAUCGUGGUUUGGCAGCCUCGACUACAGUUUGUCAAAGCCGGAGACAUUAUCAAAGACAGAGCUCUGACCAAAGUGCAUUAUCGGAAAUCUUAUCGAUUUAAGACAGACAUGGUCAGCGUCAUCCCCUUUGACCUUCUCUCUCUGCACUUCGGCUUCUCCUCCAUUUACAGAUUCAACCGCUUCCUCAGGAUAGAGUCUUUCUUUGAGUUCAGUGACCGACUUGAGAGUAUCAUGGCCAAAGCUUACAUCUGGAGGGUGGCCCGUACCACAGGUUACCUUCUCUACAUGCUCCAUCUCAACGCCUGCGCUUACUACGUAGCCUCAUUGCACCAGGGUCUGGCUUCGACUACAUGGGUGUAUGAUGGAAAAGGCACAGCGUACCUGCGCUGUUACUACUUUGCAGUACGAAGCCUCAUCAACAUCGGGGGCCUCCCGGAGCCGGUGACUCUGUUCGAGAUCGGCUUUCAGAUGACCAACUUUUUCGUCGGCGUCUUUGUGUUCUCCAGCCUGAUUGGACAGAUGAGAGACGUCAUAGGAGCGGCCACGGCAGCUCAGACGUACUUCCGCGCGUCGAUGGACGGCUGCGUCGAGUACAUGAACACGUACACCAUCCCAAAGCUGGUCCAGAACAGAGUCCGCACCUGGUACAACUACACCUGGGCUUCUCAGGGAAUGCUAGAUGAGAUGGAGCUUCUGGACAAGAUGCCUCUGGUGAUGCGAAUCGCCAUCGCUGUGGAUAUAAACCUGGCCACCUUCCAAAAGAUCCAGCUUUUUCAGGGCUGUGACCAGCAGAUGUUGGUGGACAUGUUGCUGAGGCUGAAGUCCAUCAUCUACCUGCCGGGAGACUUUGUGGUGAGGAAGGGCGACAUCGGGAAGGAGAUGUACAUCAUCAAAAGUGGAGCGGUGCAGGUGGUGGGAGGACCCGACAACAGCAUCGUGUUCGUAACGCUGAAGGCCGGCUGCGUGUUCGGAGAAAUCAGCUUGCUGCAAUCUGCCAAAGACGGAGGGAACAGGCGGACAGCCAACGUGAGAGCAUACGGCUUUGCCAACCUGUUUGUUCUGGAAAAGAAAGACCUGUUCGACAUCCUCGUCCACUACCCCGAGUCCCAGAAGGUUUUGGCCAAGAAGGGCAGGCAACUGGUUAAAGCCAAAGCUGCAGCCGGGGCUCCAACCAAGGACGAAAAGCCGAAAGGUCUGACUCUGUUCGGACAGAAACCCCCAACGCCGAAGCUCCUCAAAGCAUUUGCCAACUUGCGCAAGCUCAAGAAAGCUGCAGAAGAGGAACAAUAAGAGGCGGAAGUUUGCUUAAAUUUAAAUGUCAUCAUGUACAGUUUUGUAAAUUUGAACUUUGAUUAUUGAAACUCAAAUGAGGGCGCGGAUUUGUGAGAACUCUUAAGAUUUCUGAUCAUUUACAUUUGCAAUUUAGGACACAAAAAAACUAAAAAUAAAAAUCCAAGUAGAACUGAAAUUAAAAUUCACAUCUAUUGUAACAAGUAUUCUGAUUAAACUUCUUAAAUCCUGAAGAGACAGAAAUCCAUUAAAAUGAACUUAAAAGCACAAAAUUGAGUCAUCUUUUAAUAGUUCUUACCUCAUCAAUUGUGUCAUGGUUUAAAUUAAGGUUUUCAACAGGUUUAUUGUGACGUAGGUAUUAGCUCCUUAGUCUCCCAGACUGCUUUACUAGAAAUUAGUUGAUUACAUGAGAUUACAAUAGAUUCCACUAGAAUCUAUUGACAAAGACGGGUACAGAUAAGCACACCAGUGCUAUUCCUCACUCGUACAGCUUGAUAGGAUAUUGAGGCCACGCCCCUUCCAUGCGCCGUGAGCUGUUGCGUCAGAUCCGUAAGUCAUUCCCCUGUGCUGUACUAUUAAAGCAAAAGAUCUGACCCAGUGGACUUGAUAAGGUGCACCAAUAAUGAUACGAUAGUUUGAUAAGUUGGACGCAAAAUUCAAGCUUUAGUUAGCAUCUUCGCUACGCCAUUCUAUAGCCUCUCUUCAGUGCUCCGUCUGGGUUUUCUCCUAUCGGAGUGGAUUUCUUUUCAACCGGACCAAUCAGCAAACAGAAAAAGUCGCAGGUAAGCUUCCGGUGUUGCACUGGCACGUUACAGCUUAACCUUAGAGAGUGGGUAAAAUAGCAAAAUAAUUACUUAUACAAAGUCCAUGCCAUUGGGAAGUAAUUGUUUCUAAAUCUCGACCCUCUGUAUGAAACAAAGCAUAGAACAAGGCUAGCUAGCAUCAUUUUAUUUCCCCGGUAUCAUAUGAUGCUAACUACUUAGCUAGACUACAUUUAUAGAGUCUCAGUUUGUAUGGAUGGAUAAUAUAAAAUAAUGGAUGUACAAAAGGUUUUUUAAACUGCUACCUUUGCUUAUGAAGUCCCUAAGGGACAUGAAAGGGG